AUGGCGGCCCCUGCGACUCCCCCCCGCCGCCCUGCCAAGCGCAUCACACAGCAGCCCGCCCGCCCACGUGACCCCGCCAUAGAGCGGGCCCUGCAGCUGUCCACGUUUGAGGGCAACUAUGGCACCGAAGAGUUCAUCUCUGUCCUCAGCGACAAGCUCAUCGACAGUUCAAAGACUACUCCAGGCCCGUUCAACCCGGCGCCGUUUCUGCAGACCUUUUCGCCCGCGCUCGACUCGUUAUUGGCUCUGCGCGCCCAAGUCGCGGAGCGUACCAAGAAGAUGGAGACGGACGUCCGGCGUGCUGAGCGCGAGUACGGCAAGCGUCUCAGAGAGCUUGACGGGGGCUUCGAGACCAUCGGCAAAUCAUUCACCAACCUCGAAAGCAAAAUCACCGACGUGGGCCGUACUGCUAUCCGCAUAGGCGAACAGCUCGAAUCCCUCCACCAAACCCGGUCCACUGCCCAGUCCACUUCCCUUCUUUUAUCGUACUAUCUCUCAUCGACACACGCUUCCGCCACCGACGACCAGACGAGCCCGCUCGAGCAGCUCUUUGCGACAAGGGCAAGCAGGGGAGGGAGGGAGAAGCUGGCGGUGGUGCUGAGACGGUUGAUGAUAGUGGCGAAGGAUAGGCGGAGGGAGAAGGAGCGGGGUGAGAGGGUGAGGGACCAGAUUGAGAGUUAUUGUGAGCGGUUUGAGAAGGAGCUCUUGAGGCUUUUCGAUAGGAGUUAUAGGAAGGGUGAUCCGAGGAUGAUGGCUCAUUGUGCCAAGACGCUUCAAGAGUUUAAUGGUGGAGCUUCUUGUAUCCAGAUAUACGUCAACCAGCACGAUUUCUUUAUCAAAGACCACCACCUCGACGAAUCUUCUUCCCCUGACACUGUCGACCUCUGGGCGGAAAUUGCAAAUCCCGACUCGCCCGCCCCGACAUCAGAGCCUGCGUUGGAGAAGCUCUGCACGUCGAUCAGGGAGACGAUAGCCCAAGAGAGUCAGAUUAUGAAGGCCGUGUUCCAUCCAAAUAGUAGUGCGGUGAUGGAAGGCUUCUUGCAGCGCAUCUUUGCGCAAAUUCAACAGCAUCUCGAAAACCUUGUAUCCCGCGCUGCAUCAACCUCCACCCUCGCCCUCCUCCGUAUCCUCCACCUCACCCACACGAUCUGCGCCGCCCUCGUGGACGACCUUAAAGUAUACGACGGCGUCCUCACCUCUCCCCUCGGCCCGCGCUCGUCUCUCGACGCUGGUUCUUCUUCUUCUAGUGUUGGUGGGGAGUGGUCCGGGAAGGGAGCGGGGGCGGGAGCGGGGACGGGGACGUUGAGUGCGUAUUUGGAUAGGGUGUUGGAGGAGAUGUAUGUACCGUGGUUAGAAGGGAGUAGGUAUUUGGAGAGCGAGAGUAAGAAUUUGGUGGAGUUGUAUGCUGGGCUGCUUUCCAGAUUCACCAGGUACCACGAGACGGUACUUGAAGCGAAACCAAACUCGCUCCUCAACAAGGUAGUCCACCAGCUCGCUUCGUCCUCCUCAGCCGCCUCCUCCGCCACUUCUUCUUCUGCGCAAACCGCCGCCCAGGCGAUAGGGCGCUAUGCCAACCUCUUCACAUCCACCAAAGACAACCCCUCCGGCACUUCCACACCGAUAGUCAACGCGCAAGCUGCUGCUAUCGCUGCUGGAGGCACAGCGGGGGCGAGGACGGAUGCGGUCAGUAAGGGACUGGAGGAUAGGGAUAGGGUGUGGAGCACGGAUGGGGUGGUGACGGUGGGGAUGGCGGAGAGGAUGUUGAGGUGGCAUGCGGAAGCUGUGGGGCGGUGUGUAGAGUUGAGCGGGGGUGAUGUGGGCAAGAAUGCGCUAGCAUUGCUGAAAGUGCUUUCGGAGGCGAUAGGCCGCUCAUUCGUCGAAACGUCCCUCGACUCUACCCUCGUCCUCCUCUCAUCCCAGACCCAAGACCACAAAACGCCACCCGACCUCAGCCCGUUACAGACAUUAAAAGCGACCGCGGGGAUACAUGUGCUCUGGCAAAAGUAUAGUGGGAUGGCGGUGGUGCCGCUGGCGGGGGGGAAUGCGGGGUUGAGGCGGGAGAUGGUGGGGCUGGGACGGCAUGGGGUGGUGAGAUUGGAGGGGAAGGUGAAUGAGGUUGUGCAGAAGGGUGUUGAUCUGAUACUCGGCCACCUCGCGCAUAUCUUGACGAAACAAAAGAAGAAUGAUUACAAACCCAAGGAUGACGAUAUCUCGUUUGCGAGGACGAUCACGGAACCGUGUGAGCUUGCGGUAGCGUUUUUGGGGGAAGUGAGGGAUGCGGUGAGGGGGUGUUUGACGGGGAGGAAUGCGGAGGGGUUCUUGGUGGAGGUUGGGGUUGGGUUCCAUGCGUUGUUGUUGGAUCAUUAUAAAAAGUUCCCGGUGAACCCGACGGGCGGAUUGAUGCUCACAAAGGAUCUCGCUUCCUACCAAGACAUCAUCGCGACAUUCUCCAUCCCCGCCCUGAACGAACGUUUCGACAUGCUGCGCCAACUCGGCAACUCGUUCAUCGUCCAGCCCAACGUGCUCAAGACGUAUCUCACAGAAGGACAUCUGGGCAAGAUUGAGCGAGAGUUGUUGAGGCCGUAUUUGAUGCAGAGGUCGGAUUGGAGUACGUUCUCGAGAGGGCUCGAGUUGGACGAGGCUGGGGUACUGGGAGGGGAGGAUCUUAUUUCGGUGCCUGCUGGCAACGGCAACGGCAACGGCGGCGGCAACGGCGGCGGGGGAGGGAGAAUCACGGGGAUGCUGGGCGGGGCGGGGUCGCGCCUCAGUAUGGUCGGCGUCGGUGGCGGGGCGGGCUCGAGGUUGAGUACGAUGUCGGGGGUGGCGGGUGCGGGGAUGGGGCGGUUGAAGGAGAUGAUGAGGGAGUUUGAGGCGGGGGAUGAGAGUAGUCGGAAGGCUGGGAUUGGGGGGCAGGGUGGGGGAGUGGGGUACCAGCCGACGCCGCUGUUCUACAUGGGGAUGCAUUAG